AUGGCGCCCAAGGCGACCCCGCUGCGGCGGGCCCGGGGCACCCACGGCGUCCUGGCGCGCGGAGUCGGGGUGCUCGCGGCCCUCGCUGCCCCUUUAAGCGUUUCCGAGAAACUUUCCCCCUGCCGCGGGGCAGCGUCCACUUCGGGGCCGCGGACUUCCGAAGGCCCCCUUGCUGAGCCUCCAGCCAACGGCCUGGCGCUCGCUCUGGAACCCGCGGGGGGCUCCGUCAACUUCUUGGCCAUGGUGGACAACCUGCAGGGAGACUCUGGCCGCGGCUACUACCUGGAGAUGCUGAUCGGGACGCCCCCACAGAAGUUCGACGUCACGGUCAGGUACACGCAGGGCAGCUGGACCGGCUCGGUGGGGGAGGACGUCGUGGCCAUCCCGAAGGGCCUCAACAGCUCCUUCCUGGUCAACGUCGCCACCAUCUUUGAGUCAGAGAGUUUCUUCCUGCCUGGGAUCAAGUGGAACGGGAUCCUCGGGCUGGCCUAUGCCACCCUGGCCAAGCCGUCAAGCUCCCUGGAGACGUUCUUCGACUCCCUGGUGGCCCAGGCGGGGAUCCCCGACCUGUUCUCCAUGCAGAUGUGCGGGGCGGGCCUGCCCGUGGCCGGAGCUGGUACCAACGGAGGUAGUCUUUGGCUGUGCUGGACUGAGCGGGCGCAGCCCCCCGCCCCACCGGGCGGCGGGUUCCGGGACGUGGCCGGGAGAACAGGGGCGGCUGCGUGGUCACAGGAGGACAGCAGGGAGGAGCCGGAGACGGUCGUGAAGCCGAGUCCCUCGCCCAAACGGAGGCAGGGGGAGCCGAGUUCCAACAGCCAGGCGGCCCCGCUGGCGGCCGAAGCCUCGGGGGGCGGGGGCGGGGCCCCCGGCCAGAGCGGCCCCACCAGCAGGCAGCCGGUCUCCCGGCACACGUCCUCGGCCGGCCGCGGAGCCCCCCCGUGGGUGGUCUCUGCGCCGGCUGCCCGCACGCCCCGGCCUGUCUGUGGGGCUGGACGGCCCAGCGCCCCACACCUGGCCAGCAGCCGGGGUGAGGGCAUUCCGGAGUUCUCGGACGGCUUCUGGAUGGGGUCGCAGCUGGCCUGCUGGACCAACUCGGAAACCCCGUGGUCCUACUUCCCCAAGAUCUCCAUCUACCUGCGGGACGAGAACGCCAGCAGGUCCUUCCGCAUCACCAUCCUGCCCCAGCUCUACAUCCAGCCGGUGAUGGUGGCCAGCCUGAGCUACGGGUGCUACCGCUUCGGCAUCUCGCCCUCGGCCAACGCGCUGGUGAUCGGCGCCACGGUGAUGGAGGGCUUCUACGUGGUCUUCGACAGAGCCCGGAAGAGGGUGGGCUUCGCGGCCAGCCCCUGUGCAGGUGUGUCUGUCUCCCCCGGGAACUUGCCGCGUGCUGCUGAAUGGGGAGCUCUGGGGACCCUCCCCAGCAACGAGCCCCCCGGCGGGCGGAGCGUUGGCACCGUGCCCGUUACUGACGCACAGCGCACGGUGCUCGCUGCAUGUGGAGACGGCCAGGCCAGCAGCCCCCAGAACCAGUCCCCUCCUUGCCAUGGGAGGACGCUGGCCUGCGGCGGCCAGCAGCCCCCAGAACCAGUCCCCUCCUCGCCACGGGAGGACGCUGGCCUGCGGCGGCCAGCAGCCGGCCAGGACCGAACCAGACUCGCGGCCCUGGGCUCUUGCUCCUGGGCUCCGUGUCUUCACGCCCCUUCUUUGGUGCACAAACCCUCGGGCAGCCUGUCGGUGUGCGCCUGCAGCCGGGUCACUGCGAGAGCCUUUCAGCGCACGGGCGAGGACCGCAGCCGGCCCCCGUGA